AUGAAGUUGUACUGUUUGAGCAGUGAUGCUGCAAAGCCAUGCUUUGUGCUGUCAUUCAAAGAGCUGAUGAUCAUGCUAGACUGUGGUCUCUCAGCUCACUCAGUGUUGAACUUCCUGCCGUUGCCCCCUGUGCCCAGCACUCGCCUUGCUUCCCUGCCCAAUUAUACUCCGCCUCAUGUUAAUGAUCCACUUUUGGAAGGAGAAUUAAAAGAAUGCUGUGGGCGAGUAUUUGUAGACAGUAUUCCUGAGUUCUGUCCACCACUGGAUAAAGUGGUAGAUUUCUCACAACUGGAUGUGAUCCUUAUUUCUAACUACACCUGCAUGAUGGCUUUGCCUUUUAUCACUGAAGAAACAGGAUUCAAAGGGCAGGUGUAUGCAACUGAACCCACUUUGCAAAUAGGAAGGUUCUAUCUGGAGGAGCUGAGCGCGUGGCUGGCGGCGGGCGGCGCGGGCACGGCGGCGCGGCGGUGGAAGGAGCUGCUGCACGUGUUGCCGGCGCCGCUGGCGCACGCACAGCGGCCGCGCGCCUGGCGCCGCCUGUUCUCGGGCGAGGCGAUGGCGCGGGCGCUGGCGCGCGUGCGCGUCGUGGGCUACGACGAGCGCGUGCGCCUGUACGGCGCGCUCGACGCCACGCCCGUCAGCUCCGGCUUCUGCCUCGGCUCCGCCAACUGGGUGCUGCGCACGCCACACGAGAAGAUCGCGUACGUGAGCGGGUCGAGCACGUUGACGACGCACCCGCGGCCCAUCAACCAGGCAGCGCUGCGCGGCGCCGACGUGUUGAUCCUGGCGGCGCUCACACAGACGCCGGCGCACAACCCCGACCACAUGCUGGGCGACCUGUGCGUGCACGCGGCGCUCACGCUGCGCGGCGGCGGCUCGCUGCUGCUGCCCGUGUACCCGUCGGGAGUGCUGUACGACUUGCUCGAGUGCCUUUCCGCGCACCUGGACGGCGCGGGCCUGGCGCACGUGCCGCUCUACGUGGUGUCACCGGUGGCCGACUCCUCGCUAGCCUACAGCAACAUACUGGCCGAGUGGGUGUCGGCGGGCAAGCAGGCGCGCGUCUACCUGCCCGAGGAGCCGUUCCCGCACGCGUCGCUGGUGCGCGCUGGUCGCCUGCGCCACGCUAAGCAGCUGCACGACGACGCCUUCUGCGCGGACUUUCGCCAGCCCUGCGUGGUGUUCUGCGGACACCCCAGCCUGCGGUUCGGUGCCGCCGUGCAUUUGGUGGAGCUGUGGGCCAACAACCCAGCGCACGCAAUCAUUUUCACAGAACCGGACUUCCCGUACUUGGAGGCACUGGCGCCGUUCCAGCCGCUGAGUAUGAAGGCGUUUCACUGCCCUAUUGACACGUCGCUGAACUACGCGCAGGCCAACAAGCUGGUGCGCGAGCUGCGGCCGCGUGAGCUGGUGCUGCCCGAGCAGUAUGCCGCACCUACCGGAGCGGGUGGUGCGGGCGGUGCGGGCGGGGGUGCGCGGCCGCACGUUGUGGCGGACGGGCCGGUGACGGUGGCGCGGCGCGGCGCGGCGCGUGCGCUGGGCGUGGUGCGGCGCGCGGCGCGCGGCACGCUGUGCGGCGCGCUGGCGGCGGGCGCGGCGCCGCGCGACCUGCGCGCCGGCCUGCGCGCCGCGCCGCUCGUGGCGCAACUCACGCUGCGCGACGCGCGCCUCGAGCUGUGCGCCGCCACGCCGCAGGGCCCGCUGCCGGCGCCCGUGCCCCAGCCGGUGGCGCUAGGCGCACCCGACGUGGCGGCGCUGGUGCGCGAGCUGGCGCGCGAGGGUCUGGGCGACGCGCGGGUGGAGGCGGGCGCCGAUGGCUGCAUUGUGCACCUGCCGCGCCACGACACGCUGCUGCACGUGGAGCGGCACGCCACGCACGUGUUCUGCGAGGGACGCGCGCACGUGCGCCAGGCGCUGCGCCGGGCGCUCGCUGCGUGCACGCCGCACGUGUAG